CAUCAAAAAACCAUCUCCCUCCUUCCAAUCCCAGUAGAGCAACUCCGCCUCCAUCGCACCAGAUCAAAACAAAAGAAUUGAAGAAAAAAAAAAUCUAAUUUUUACUCUACCAUGGAUUCCCAAAUUACAAAACCCAUCGAAUCCAUGAAGAAAUACCUGACCACCACCGCCUCCAUCGUCGCCUCCGCCAUGCUCGCCCGCACCAUCGUCAACGAAUACCUCCCCAACGAGCUCCGCACCAUCAUCUUCGCCGGCUUCGACAAGCUCUUCAGCCGCUUCUCCAUCGAACACGCCAUUGUCAUCCAGGAAAACGAAGGGCUGAGCUCUAACGAACUGUACGACGCAUCAAGCACUUACCUUCGCACCCGAAUUUCCCCCAACAUGCGCCGACUCAGAGCCAGCAAGAACGAGGACAAGAAUAGCAUAACUCUCUCCCUCGACGACGGCGAAGAGCUAAUCGAUGCCUUCCAAGGCGUCGAGUACAAAUGGCAGCUAAUAAGCCAGCAGGAGAAUCAAGGAGGGAAUCGCGGUGGGGAUUUCAGUUCAAACAGUGAAGUCCGCUGGUUCGAGCUCACUUUCCAUAAGAAAUAUAAAGACGUUACGUUGGAUUCAUACCUACCCCAUGUCCUGGAAAAGGCGAAGGAGAUCAAAGCAGCAGAUAGAAGGUUGAAGCUUUACAUGAAUGAGUAUGAGAGCUGGAGCCCAAUUGACCUGCAGCAUCCAGCAACAUUCGAGACGCUGGCAAUGGAAGCAGAUCUCAAGAAAACAAUUCUUGAAGAUUUAGCGAGAUUUGUUAAGAGGAAAGAGUAUUAUAAAAAGAUCGGAAAGGCGUGGAAACGUGGGUACUUGCUUUUCGGGCCACCUGGAACUGGCAAAUCGAGUUUGAUUGCCGCCAUGGCCAAUUACCUCAGAUUUGACAUCUAUGAUCUGGACCUUAAGGAGGUCCGAAUGAACUCCGGACUGAAGAGGUUGCUCGUUGGUAUGACGAAUAAAUCACUGCUUGUUAUAGAAGACAUUGACUGUUCCGUUGAUUUGAAGAACAGGGAUGAAGAUAAGGAGAAUCAAAGCAACAACAAGUUUCAUGAUGAUGAGAUAAGCCUUUCUGGAUUGCUCAACUUCAUCGAUGGGCUGUGGUCGACAAGCGGCGAGGAGAGGAUCAUCGUGUUUACAACUAAUUAUAAAGAAAAGCUUGAUCCUGCAUUGCUGAGACCUGGACGGAUGGAUAUGCAUGUACAUAUGGGUUAUUGUGGCCCAAAUAGUUUCAGGAUUUUAGUUUCUAAUUACCAUGCCAUUUAUGAGCAUCCCAUGUUUGAGGAGAUUGAAGGGUUGUUGAAAGAGGUGAAGGCCACACCUGCUGAAGUUGCAGAGCAAUUGAUGAGAAGUGAUACUGUUGAUGUUGCUUUGGAGGGUCUGAUACACCUGCUGCAGGCAAAAAGGAAUGAGAGCCAGGGAAAUAAUGGAAAUGGAGAAGAUGAUAAAGAUGAAAAAUUGGCACUUGUCGAGAAGAAGGAAGAUGGAUUGGAAAGCACAGUGGAGGAUCAUAAAACUAACGAAGUAAUUGUUGGAGCUGUAACUUGCCGAGAAGAUGACUAAAUCUGGAAUUUAUCUUUCAUGUAUUGAUUUUCUGCUAAAGCGAUUGUAAUAUUGUACUUUGAGGCCAAUAAAAUGGUUAAUUAUUUUCGACAUGAACAAAAGCUAAAAA